AUGAAGAAAAAAGCUUCCAGUGAUCGACGAAAGCGUCCGUCUCAACAAACAAAGAAAAAUCCUAAAAAACAAAACGGCAUCAGUAGCAAGGUAUCGAAACAAGAAAAGAAAUUUCAUCGUAAAGUUAAAUUUAAUCUUCCAUUAAGCAAAAAUCCAUAUAAAACUAAACAAGAAAAAUAUCAAGGGAAAAAUGAACGUAACCCCUUCAAGGAUCCAUCUAGCACCGAUGAUGUUACAGAAGAAGACGAUGCAAUUUUACCGUUAGAUAUGGAAGAUAUGCUUGACGGCAGCGAUCACGAUGAUAAAACUGAACAAAACGGGGAAAAUAAGAUUAUUUCUGAAGAUGAGGGAUUUAUGACAACAGACGACGAAGACGAUGCAGAAAUGUACGAACGUCGUCCUCGUCUAUCAUUCGGUGCGAAUAACAACAAUUCUGACAUCGUAAUGCGCCAAUUAUUACCUCUUAAAACUAAUCAAGGAAAGUUUAUAACACAAUCGGUAUCUUUAACGUCGACUUCUCCCGUAGAUGAUAGUGAAAAGGAAACAGAAAAAUCGAGUGAUGACGAAGCAUUGGUGCCUGAACAAAAAGAACAACAAAAGCCUCCUUUAUCUCUAGUCGAAUUGUUAGCUGAACGUGAAAAGAAACUAAAUGAAUGCAAACAAAUAAUUGUUCAUCUAUGUGAUUUGAUAAUGAAAAAUCCGUAUGAAGAAAUAAGUAAAUUGAAACAGUUACGUUUACUAUUAAAUAAUGGUGACCCAUUAAUAUCCAUUACGAUACGAAAAUUGACCAUGUUAUCGUUAGUCGAAUUAUUUAAAGAUAUUGUACCGGGCUAUAGAAUAAAAUCGUUGAAAGAAAAUAUUAAAGAUGAAAAUGAGAAAAUAAAAUCCAAAAAGAAAGACACAACAAAAGGCGAAUCAUUAUCAAAAGAUGUUAAACAAAUACGAAAUUUUGAACAAACAUUAUUAAAAAAUUAUCAACAAUUUUUACAUUUUCUUGAACAAUGUGCAAAGAAAAAUCUAGCAAAGAAAAACAAGAAGCAACAAGACAAAAUAAAGGAUGAAGAGAUGAAAGAGGAGGAGGAGGAUAAGAAUGAAAAAAAUGAAUAUCGAAAGUCAAAAUUAUCUGUUGGACAUUUAGCUGUUCAAUGUUUAUGUAAACUAUUAUCAAAUUUAUCACAUUUUAAUUUUCGAUCAAAUUUACUCAAUGUGACUAUACAAUUAAUGUCAAAUAGUGAUAAAGAAGUUGUUCAAAUGUGUUGUUCCUGUGUAUCCGAACUUUUGGUUUCUGAUAAAACUGGUGAACUAUCGUUAGAAACUGUUCGUUUUAUGACAAAAAUGUUAAAAACUCAAUCGUAUGCUGUUCAUUCAUGUGUACUCGAUGUAUUUUUAUCAUUGAACAUCAAAGAAAUAUCAGAAGAUGAAAAAGAAGUAAAACCAAAAUAUCGAGAUCAAAAACAUUCACGUCGUGAUCGUAAACGUCAUAAAGAAACAGAAGAAUUAAAUAAGCAAUUAGAAGAAAAAACGUUACCCGUACGUCAACAACAACGUUUAAAAUUAAAUCGUCAAAUUAUUGAACUAUUAUUUUUAAAUUAUUUUCGACUAUUAAAACGUCGUCUUAAUUUGAAAUUAAUGUCAAGCGUUUGUGAAGGUUUAGCAAAAUAUUCAAAUUUAAUUAAUAUUGAAUAUAUGGAUGAUCUCAUAACGUGUUUUUAUGAUUUAAUUCAAAUUGAAAAUGUUCUUAAUCGUCGUGCCAAAUUUCAUUGUCUAAUAACAGUAUUUUCUAUUCUAAAUAAACAAGCGGUAUUAAUUAAUAUUGAUCCACAACGAUUUUAUACUGUAUUUUAUUCAUUAUUGACAAGUACUUCAUCAACUAGUAAUAAUGAUGAUAUUGAUUUGAUCAUACAUUUGAUACGAUUAAUGUUAAUUGAUAGAUGGAAACAAUUAUCAAAACCAAAAUUAUUAGCCUUUAUUAAACGUUUAACAACAAUGUGUUUACAUUUAACAUGUUCCUAUUCAAUAUCGGCUAUAUUUGAAAUGAUUAAAGCUUUGUUAACUGUAUCACCGCAAACAACGGAUAUGUUAUAUGAAAAUGAACUAACUGGAUCAGGUGUUCAUUAUCUAGCAGAAGUAAAUGAUCCAGAAUAUUGUCAUGCACAAAAUUCUGCAUUAUAUGAAUUAUAUUUAAUUAAUAAAUUUUAUGAUACAAACACAAGACAUCAAUGUGAACAGUUGAUAAAAACAAAAUUUAAUGAUCCAAACAUAAUGAAAAUGUGUGAUACAACUGCCUAUGGAUAUUUAGACAAAAAACAAAAAGUAUUAUCAUCGAUAAUAAGAAGUUAA